UUCGCAUUUCCUUUCCACCCAAAGUCUCCCUCACCUGCCAGUCUGCCACUCGCUCGCUCUCUUCCACAACCCGCUUCCCCCAAAAACCAGAUCUACCACCUGCUCGGCCUUAGGGCGCUUCUUGGGCCGAGCCCUAGCAGUCCGGAAUUCCGAUCUCGGCCACCACCUCCUCUUCUCUCCUCUCCUCUCCUGAAAGCAGUAAGCUCCUCCGUUGCCAUACUCGUCCGCCCGGUCUCCCUCCCCUCCCCUGCUCCAGCUCGUCUGGUGGCGUUAUGAUUUCCUCGCGCUCGCGAGUUCAUCCUAGAUCUGCAUGGUCUGGGCUAGAUUCCGCCGGAUCUGUGGCGGCCGUUUAAAUCUGUGGGCUUUUAUUUUGCUGCGUUUAAGCGCGAUUUUGAAAGGUUUUCGCCCGUCCCGAUUUGGGCCUAGUGGGCCAUGCUGGGAUUUCUUCCGAUUUCCUGAAAUUUUACCGGUCGGUGUGCGGUCUACAAGUCCAGGCCAUAGAGGAGCUCCCGUGGCUGCUGUUCAUAGUAGGAUUUCGAAUUUGGGGCGCGAGGUUCUGUUCCGCGGGCCAGAUGAGAUCUGUAGUCUCCUCCAUGCGCCAUGGCAGUAAUUUGGGGAAAACUCUGCGGCGAGCGGACUUUUGAUUCUCAGUCAGCUGUGUCGACUGGGAAACGCUCAGGUGAUUGAAUUCAGAAGUUUGCGGGUACAUAAUCAUGUGGCACAUUCUUGCGAGACCAAGGAUGCUUAGGGUUUGAGCAGCUGUGGACAUGGUCUGAAGCUCUGUAGCUUAACCGUGUCAUGCAGCCCCCUUUGAAGUUCUAUAGCUUAAACCAUGGCAUGGUGAAAGCCCAAGCUCAAUGGCGCUCCAGUGUCUCACGCACGAAUUGAAGAUGGCACUAGCAAGUAGUGUUUCGUCUAAACAAGGAAAAGAAAGUUAGGAUUUUGGUGAUUUAUGAGCUUGUUCAAGAAUACGAGUGGUUGAGGAAGUAAGGGCAUACGUUUUUGGCUUUUAUGCAUUUUGUUUGACGAUCUCAAAAGUUCAGCGGGUAGCCUAUCAAGAUGGCCGAGGAAACUGCCAAUGACGCUCAGGUGGCACAAGAUAACGAGAUUGCUCUCAGCAAUGAGGCAAUCCAAGGUGAUGAGUUGGUCCAUGUUGAAGAGCUGUCCCAAGGUGAUGAUUUGGUUCAAGGAAAUGAGCUAGUUGUUUCUGAGGUGACAACUCCUACUAUUGGAACCAGACGCAGGAGAAAGAAGUCUUUGGUAUGGGAGCACUUCACUAUUGAAGCCGUCGCAGGUGGGGCCACUAGGGCAUGCUGCAAGCUCUGCAAGCAAACCUUUGCUUACAGCUCUGGUUCAAAGAUUGCUGGGACUAGCCAUCUCAAGAGGCACAUCACCUUGGGCUCUUGUCCUAAGAUAAAGAAUCAAGAGCAGAGGCUGGCGCUGCCUUCAACUGGAGGGACUGACAAUGAUGGCGAGGGAACUAUAGAGCGGCGAACCAAGAGACGCUACAGAUACACUGGUUAUGCAAAUGCUGCUUUUGAUCAGGACCGCAGUUGCUCAUACUUGGCAAAGUUGAUCAUUCAGCAUGACUACCCACUUCACAUUGUUCAACAGCCGUCAUUUGCCAUUUUUAUUGAAAGUCUGCAGCCACGUUUCAAGAUUGUGGAUGUUGAAACGAUGGAAGGAGAGGUAUAUGCUGUUUAUCAGAAAGAAAAGGAGAACCUGCUUCAAGCAUUCAACAGUAUGCCUGGAAGGAUCAGCCUCACUAUAGGAUUGUGGACAACUAGUCAGACUCUUGGGUACGUUUCACUUGCAGGGCAGUUUAUUGACUCUGAGUGGAAAGUGCACCGAAGAAUGCUUAACUUCAUGAUGGUGUCAUCUCCUCAUUCAGAGAAUGCACUUAGUGAGGCAAUUAGCAUGAGCCUUUCUGACUGGAAUAUGAAGGACAGGCUAUUCACCAUCACAUUGGAUAAUGAAUGCUCCUCACAUGAUAUCUACAGUGCAAAUCUGAGGGACCAUCUCUCCAACAAGAACAAUCUCAUGCUUAAGGGACAGCUCUUUGUUGUGAGGUGCUAUGCCCAUAUCCUUAAUGCUGUUGCCCUAGAUGUCAUUGCUUCAAUUCAUGGUGUUGUAUACAGCAUUCGUGAAAGCAUAAAGUUCAUAAAAGCUUCUUCUGCCCGCGAAGAGAAGUUUGCUGAGAUUGCUCUGCAGCUGGAGAUUCCCAGUACCAAGACCCUCUGUCUGGAUGUUACAACCCAGUGGAACACCACCUAUCUGAUGCUGCUGGCUGCUUUGGAUUAUAAGCAGACUUUCACUACACUAGAAACAUGUGAUGAUAACUACAAUGAAGCUCCAUCAGCAGAGGAUUGGAAGAAAGUUGAGGCUGCCUGUAAUUACCUGAAACUGCUAUACGAUUCUGCACAUAGUAUCAUGGCGGCAGCAAACCCAACUGCAAACAUCUUUUUCCAUGAAGCCUGGAAACUUCAGCUAGAGCUGGCAAAUGGCACAGGCCACGAAGAUCCCACUUUCAGUAGCAUCGCCAAGGAUAUGCAUGAGAGGUUCGACAAGUACUGGAAAGAUUGCAGCCUCGUGUUAGCCAUUGCUGUUGUCAUGGAUCCACGUUUCAAGAUGAAGCUCGUUGAGUUCAGUUACUCGAAAAUCUAUGGGGCUGGGGCUGCAAAGUAUGUUAAGGUGGUCGAUGAUGCUGUACAUGAGCUGUAUAAGGAGUAUGUGGCUCAGCCACUCCCACUGACCCCAGCCUAUGUUGACCAAGGCGAAGGGAAUAAUGGACCAGCCAAUGCGAAUAGCAGUCAAGGGGCUCCUGCUUCCACUGGUGAUGGGCUUCUAGACUUCGAUAUGUACCUUUCUGAGAUCCAAAGUAGCCAGCCCUCGAAAUCUGAGCUGGAGCAGUACCUAGAUGAAUCCCUCACUCCACGUAUCCAGGAGUUUGAUAUCCUGAACUGGUGGAAGCUAAACACGGUCAAGUUUCCAACCCUCUCUAAAAUGGCCCGUGAUAUCUUGGCCAUUCCAGUGUCCAUGGUAAGCAGUGGCAGCUCUAUAUUCUGUGCUGGAACAGGAAGUCACAUGCUCGAUGACUACAGAAGCUCUCUGCGGCCUGAGAUUGUGGAAGCACUUGUUUGCGCGAAAGACUGGCUCCAGUAUUCACCACCUGCCACCGAGGCACCGAGUUCUGCACUGGUGAAGGCUCAAGGAUCGUAGGUUUGUCGUGGUCACUGCCUGCCUUGUGGAAGCAAAGCAAGAAUCCAUUUACCCAUCUGUCGUAUCUCUGAGUGUAGUUAACUGUAGGUGUAUUGUAGGCUGAGAUUGUGAACCGAUUUUGAUAUAUUCUGGUAUCUAUCACGUAAAGGUGUAACAUGUGUUGAACUCUGCUGAACUCGUGGCUGUUCUGAUGUCGUCUGACUUUGCAGUUUGCACACUUCCCUAUGUGCUUGUACAAGCCGUGGGAUGUAUCUUGUUUUUGUAUUAAAUUUGUUUUAUACCGUGGAUUGA